GUAGAUUAAUCUAGAAAUGAUUAUCAUGUAAAAAUCUACAUGUGCCUAACAAUGAAUACGUUUAAAUGAUAACAACAAUUAGUUAAUCAUUUGAAAAUCUAACUCGUUGUUUCCAUGACAACCAAUCAACAGCUGAUUCUUGAGCAAUUGUGAUGAGUGUUAUUUUUUUCAGUCUCAAGUACAUUAGAUUGUGUUGAUUUGUUUGUUCUUGUGUUUAUUACUUAAUCUUGAUUAAUUUUUCUUCAACAAUUUGGUUUAGUGAUUAAUCUCAUUGUUUAAAUGGCUCCCGACACCGGACCCGAUGAAAGUACCAAUCAAAAUGAUGAAUAUUUAACCAAUGCUCCUGCUUACAAUUUUCCUGACGGUUCAUCGGAUGAAGAUGAUGAUUUAGAGGAUGAUGGUGAUUAUAUUGGUAAUGAUGAUGAAGACUCUGAGGGUGGUGAUAAUAUGGCAGGUUAUCAAUUACUUAAUCAAGAAGGUGGAGGUGAUGAUAAUCAUGUUGGUUCAUAUUCCGAGGAUGAAGUUGAUUCAUUGAAUGAACAACAAUCGAUUCAUAAUGAUUCUAUUCCUGUUAUUGGUUCAACCUUUUCAAUGAUUGAUUUACCAUCUCCACCGGUUGAUGAGAUUACCAAACAAUUAGAAUCAAUUGAAAGGCCUGAUAUUGAAUUGGACGAGGUUAAAAUUGAUCAAAUUAAACGAGCGAUGUCGGGAUUUAGUUUACCAUCUUCAGCUAUUCCUGGUUGGGCCUCGGUGGUUACAGAAGAUCAAUUAACUAAUUUGAUCCAUUGUAAAACCAAAUCAAAUUGAUUACAUUGAUUCCAGGUCUGAAUUACUGUGGUAAUUGUGAUGAUCAGUUGACUAGAUUAUCCAAUAUUAAUCACAAUCAGUAUCGAUUGUGUUAAACAAGAUCUUCAAUCGUUUUGUUUUCCAUGUUUUUUAUUUAUCUAAUUGUUUCGUUUCCGGAUUAGUCUAUUAAUAAUAUAAAUCGCAAAUUAAUAAUCUAUUUUUAAUCAUUAAUCAUGUACGAAAAUAUCGUUCUUAUAAACCAACAAUACUUGAUUAACUUUCAAAGUUAAUUGUAACUAAACCAAAAUGAGAUAUUCAAACUUGUCAAUAUCUAAUCGUAAUUGUUAAUUUCAAAAUUAAAUUAACACUAAUUCCAAAUGAA